AUGAGCUUACUGAGAAGACUACAUUAUAUCAGAUAUCCUCCAGAGAGCACUCAAUAUCCUGCCAAUUCCGCCGCCAUGAUUAGUGAGAUUAAUCUGGGGAUACCAUGCGAUAUGCAUGUCCAUCUACGAGAGGGUCAGAUGUGUGAGUUAGUGACACCGACAGUGCGAGAUGGAGGCAUAUCUGUUGCGUAUGUGAUGCCGAAUUUGCAGCCUCCAAUCACCACAAUCGAUCGAGUGGUCGCUUACAAGAAUGGGAUUCAAGAAUUGGCUCCAGAUACAACAUUUCUGAUGAGCUUUUACUUGUCGAAGGAUCUGACUCCUGAGCUGAUCCACGAAGCAGCAAGACAAAAAGCGAUACGAGGUGUUAAAUGCUACCCAGCUGGUGUCACGACGAAUUCAGCUGCAGGCGUCGAUCCGAACGAUUUUACAGCCUUCUACCCCGUUUUUAAGGCGAUGGAAGAAGAGAAUUUGGUUCUUAACAUACACGGUGAGAAGCCAUCAGUGAAUGAUGGUAAAGCAGGAGACGAUAUACAUGUUUUGAACGCCGAGGAAUCGUUUCUCCCAGCAUUGAGAAGGUUACAUGCGGAUUUCCCCCAUUUGAAGAUUAUCCUUGAACACUGCACCACUGAGGCCGCCGUUAAGACAGUUGAGGACAUCAACAGGGAUGUCGAAGACCCCAAAGAUAUUAGAGUAGCUGCCACAAUCACUGCACACCAUUUAUAUUUGACGAUCGAUGACUGGGCCGGGAAUCCUAUCAACUUCUGCAAGCCCGUGGCCAAGUUGCCGCGGGACAAGAGAGCUUUGGUCGGCGCUGCCGUAUCCGGGAAGCCAUACUUCUUUUUCGGCUCUGAUUCAGCACCACAUCCAUUGGAGAGUAAGUCCAAGCAUAAGGGCGUAUGCGCCGGCGUCUUUUCCCAGUCGCUGGCUAUCCCAUACGUCGCCCAGAUCUUCGAACAGCAAGGCGCCCUCGACAAGUUGAAGGAUUUUGUCUCGACUUUCCCACUUCAGUUCUACGAGCUUUCCCAAAAUGAGCUGAGAUCCCAGGACGAGGUCAUCAUAUACAGAAAGCCACAGCUGAUCCCAGAAACUAUCACUGACGGCAAAGGCCUGGAGGUGGCUCCCUUCAAUGCCGGUGAAAAGGUAAACUGGUCCGUCAAGUGGCUAGCAAAAUGA